GUGAUAAACAAUGGAUUAUCGUUUCCGAUCUUUAGGAAAAUUUUAGGUACAUUAAAUAACAUACUCCUGUAAUUAUCAAGUAUUAAAAAAGCCUAUAAGUCUGAUGUCACGUUUGUUGACCAAAUAACGAAACCAGUCACCAAUUUAAGAACUGAUGAUGGGAUUUUUACGAGGUACCAUCUGAACAGGUGUUGAAUAAUUUGUGAGUACUGUAUUCGAAAUUUGAAACCUUGCUUGCCAAAACAGAGUUAGCUACAAACACGUCAAAACACUGAAAGCAAGAAAAUGUCACAUAAAGAGUGGUGUGCCGAAACAUCGGCAAAACUGCUACAGGAAGAACAGAGAUUUCCAACGCUCAAUGAAAUUAAAGACUACAUGAUUACUGCGUCUCCAUCGGAAGCUACCAAAGUUGCUAACAAUCUGGAGUUACCUCUGAUCUUCGACUGCCUCAAUGAUUCCAACAAAGAACAGGUUGAAUUAGCGUGUGAAGUGUUGACAAUGUGUAUGAAUCAGAUGACCUUAGGGGAAAGCACAAUGAAAUAUGACACUCCAUUGGAAAGAGCAUUAAACCAUCCUUUUACCGAGGUCAAACUUAUGGCUCUUAAGGAAAUUGAAAGAAACAUUCGCAGAGAAGAAGUUCUCACAGACAUGUGUAAAAAACACACUCUUCUAGUAGGAGUUGUAAGGUGCCUAGGAGACGAUGACGUCGGCGUAGCGAAAAAAGCUAUAGACAUUCUGACCAUUGUCGGCUUAACUGCGUCUGGUCUCAACGCGAUAUUGUCCAAUCAGGUCAUUGAACCAUUGCAAGAAGUUAUGGCUAUCAGUGAGGUAGUCAGGUUAAGAGUAUACGAGUUAGUAAUAAACAUUGCCAAAGAAUCGGAAACGAAUUUCCACGCACUAGAAUCGACAGGCAUUAUAAAUCAAAUCCUAGAAGAGCUGAACAAUAGCGAUGUGUUGCUCAGAAUGAACAUAGUGGAACUAUUGACUCACUUUGGACUCACCAGGCAUGGCUAUAGGUUUCUGGAAAGUAGUGGAGUUCUCACCAAACUUUUUUCUUUAAUAGACGUUCCUAACGAUCUUUUGAACGUACAGCUAUGUGAACCAGGUAUACUGAAAUUCUUUGGCAACAUGGCGCACAAAAAACCGAUAGAGAUGCUUUCAAAAUACCCGAAACUUUUCGACAGGGUGUUCUCAAACCUAGAAAGUGGCGAUUUAACCGUAAUAGGCGUUAGUUUAGACACUUUGGGUAUCAUCGGUUCAACUAAUGAGGGAAAAUGUGCUCUAAGCUCUACAGGCAAUAAAAUAACUUACGCGAUAAAAACGAUAGUGAAACUGCUGCCUUCCUUGCCUACCGAAGUAAGAGUGAGAGCCCUGAACUGUCUAGAAAGCCUGAUAAGAGUGGCGGAAAGGAAGAACGAUAUGUUGCAGAUCACUAGAAAGUGGUACCAGGCAUUCGGAGAUGAGCCUAUGGAAGUCAUUUUGAGAUAUGCGAAAAAUCCUUUUUCUGAAAUCAAACUGGCCGGAUUAGAUUUGCUACAUGCGGUAGCCAGUCAUCAGUGGGGACAAGAAGAAAUCAAAAAUACGCCAGGCCUCAUAGAAUACCUGCUGGAUAGAAACCAGGAGAGAAUCAAAGAAGCCAAAGAACUGAAAUACGAGAUAAUAAAAGAAAUGUCGACGAGCAUCUUGUUCGAUCAGAAUACGUUGCUGAGGCUUCAGGAAUAUGUUAAAGAGGGUCCAUUUUAUGUACGAGGUGUCACAGAAGUUGCAUUUGAGGGGAACGACUAAUUAUUUUUCGUGUUGAAAACUGGAAAUUUUAUAUUAGGCAUGAAUGUUGUAACUGUUUAUUUAUGUUGUAAUAAAACAAGUUUGUACGUAAA